AUGGAAAGUGGUACAUUUGCCGACCAGAAUAAGUUUGACGAAGUAAGCUCUGUUAGCUCGUUGAAAUCUAGGUUUGAAAAGCUGCAUCAACCAAAAAAUUCUCAAACUUCAGGAUUAGUUAAUAGUCAUAAUGUGAAUGAGGAUAAUAAGAAAUAUUCCCGUACUGCCUCACUUCCUAAUACGGUAACCGUGAAUCAGCAACCGAAGCGACAACUUCAAAGGGGACCAACUGUUGCGUUAUCAUCAAGAGAAUCUUCAGCACAUAGUACCGACGUAGAGUCUGAUGAGCCAUUGAACAAAAAUGGAUUUAAACGAUCAUCUACAAAGCUCAUUCCUUCGCUUUCAAAAUCUUCGAAUUCUUUAUUAGAUGAUGAUCCAUUUGAUGACUCACAAGAAAUUAAUCCUUUUACAGAUGAUAAUGAAUACACAAACGAGUUAAUUUUGUCUGAAUCACCUCCCGAUAAAGACUCGGGAUUUCGACGUACUCACAUAACGCCUAACAAGCCACCACGCAAGCCUGUCAAGCCUAUGAGGGCUAGUAAUACGCAAUCUUCAACCAGUAAUUCAAAAAAUCUGCACAGACACACAGAUGAUGAUAAUCCUGGAUAUGCACCACCAUUACCUUCUAGACCUCCAAAAGCUAAUAAACCAUCACCGCCGCCACUUCCUCCUAAUCGUCCAGUGUUGACACAUCGUGUGUCUGCUGACGACAGUGAUAAUAACAAUAGAGCUCACGGCAAGCCCCCAAGGAAAACUUCACGAGCAUAUUUAGACUCAAAUUUUGUUGACCCUGCUCAAUCUGACGAUGAGAGACCUGAUGCAUCUCAUAUUAAUCGUAGACCACCUAGUUAUAAGGGAAUUAGAGGCAUUUCUGGUAAGGCUUCAACACGCGCAAUUGCAAUCGGAGGCGAUGUUGUAAUCACUGAUUCUGGUCAUACUCGUGUGUGGUCAAUUCUUGAUGGAGAAACUACAAAUACAAUUUCUCAUGACGAUUCAAAAGUGACAUGUUUGUGUUGGCGUCCAGCACAUCGUGUAGAAGAUGUUGGACGUUAUAUAUGGUGUGGUGGUAAUGAUGGACAUUUGUUUGCGAUUGAUAUUCGUAGUGAAGAUAAGUAUUUUGAAAUGAAUCGAAAAGCUCAUAAUAGUUCCAUAAAUUUUAUAUUUCGCUAUGAAACUCAGUUGCAUACCCAAUUAUGGACUCUGGACGUUGAUGGAAAGUUAUUAAUAUGGUCUGGAGAUAGUGAUGGAGUCAUUUCACUUAAAUCAACACCAGAACCAUUUCGUAUUGCACCCAACCAGACUUGCGCAAUUAUUGUUGAUGAUUACCUUUGGACAGCCGCUGAAAGAAAAAUUGAAAUUUUUAAUCCUCAUAAUAGACGUGAUGUAAAUGUUAAAAAGAUUGAUAUCGGAACGAAAAUUGGGAAUAUAACAUGCAUGACACAAACCAAUAAUUCAUCACUUGUUUAUAUCGGACAUGAAGAUGGCAGAAUUUCAGUAUGGAAUGCAGAAUCAUAUAAACGGGUAGCAUUAAUUCAUGCGUCUGAUUAUAGUAUCACGUCUAUACUGGGUGUUAAUGACUAUCUUUGGGUUGGCUUUAAGACCGGCAUGAUAUAUAUAUAUGAUGUCACAAAAAGGCCAUGGAGCAUCAUAAAAGAUUGGGAGGCCCACAAAAAAUCACCAGUUAUUGAUAUGCAGUUGGAUGAAGAAGGAUUAUGGAGAGUUGGUCGAUUACAGGUUGCAAGCUGUAGUUCAGAAGGGUCAAUUAUGAUUUGGGAUGGGUUGAUAGAACAAGAUUGGAUUGCUAAUCAAAUGAGGUUACGAGAGAAAACUUAUUGCGAAUAUAGGGAUAUCAAAGUUCUGAUCUGUUCAUGGAAUAUUGGUGCUUGCAAACCUGCUGAUCUAGACAAAUCUUCGGAUGGGAUUAAAUUUAUGAGACUAUGGCUCACAAGUACAAAGUCACCCGAUAUUAUUUUUAUUGGGUUUCAAGAAAUUUUUGAUCUGAAAUCCAAAAAAAUGAAUGCAAAAACUAUGUUUAAGUCUAAAAAGAAACUUAAAACGCAAGAAGAGAAACUUGAAAAACGAUCACAAGAAUGGCGUGAGAAGCUUACGAAGAUGGUUGAACAUGCAUCAAAUG